AUUACAGAGAGGAAAAUACCACCAGAUGGCGGUUUAGGAUUGCUGCUCUUCUCUCAAGGCGCGGUUCCGCUCGCACGGCCAAUUUUCAAUAUUAAAAUACGCACAAUAUUAAAACGAAAAUCGAUUUAUUAUUUCGGAAGGUGAUAAUCGAUUCGGCGAUGGUCGUUAAAGGGGCCAAAGAGUUUUGAGUGCCAGUGUGUUGAGUGCUGUCAGUCCUGGAGCCUCUCCUCCCUCCCUGCCCUCAGAGACCUCAGCCCCUCGGAGCCGGCGCCCCGUGCCUCUGCCUUCGGGCAUCACACACACACACACAGCCAGUCCUGAAGACACACACACGGACACUUGCACACCUCACCGCCACCCUCACCAAUCAGGAUGAUCACCUCGGAGCUCCCUGUCCUACAGGACUCGUCCAACGAGUCCGGGGCAACAGACACGGUGGGCUUGAGCAUGAGCAUGAGUGAGAUGGAGGACCCAGAGGGAAAAGGCAAGAAGAAGAGAGGGAGACCUGGGAAACAACCACCGACAUCCAAUAAAAAGCCUCGGAAGUCACCGACUGACAAAGGUGUGGCCUUGGCCCGAGGGCGAGGGAAAGCAAACGGUGUGGCUCAGCAUAACGGAGAAGGCGGAGACCCUGUGACGCUGUUCGAGGUGGUCAAACUGGGCAAGAGUGCCAUGCAGUCUGUGGUAGAUGAUUGGAUUGAGUCAUAUAAACAGGACAGAGACAUUGCUCUUCUGGACCUCAUCAAUUUCUUCAUUCAGUGUUCGGGUUGCAAGGGCACGGUGAGGAUCGAGAUGUUCAGGAACAUGCAGAACGCUGAGAUCAUCCGUAAAAUGACUGAGGAGUUUGAUGAGGACAGCGGAGAUUAUCCUCUCACCAUGCCGGGGCCUCUCUGGAAGAAGUUCCGCUACAACUUCUGCGAGUUCAUCUGCGUUUUGAUCCGCCAGUGUCAGUACAGCAUCAUCUACGACGAGUACAUGAUGGACACGGUCAUCUCCCUCCUCACCGGGCUGUCCGACUCCCAGGUCCGAGCCUUCAGACACACCUCCACCCUGGCAGCGAUGAAGCUGAUGACAGCGUUGGUGAACGUGGCGCUGAACCUGAGCAUCCACCAGGACAACACGCAGCGACAGUACGAGACUGAGAGGAACAAGAUGGCCGGCAAACGAGCCAAUGAGAAGCUGGAGCUGCUGUUACAGAAGAGGAAGGAGCUCCAGGAAAACCAGGAUGAGAUUGAGAACAUGAUGAACUCCAUCUUUAAGGGUAUAUUUGUGCACCGCUACAGGGAUGCAAUUGCUGAGAUCAGAGCCAUCUGUAUUGAAGAGAUCGGAGUGUGGAUGAAGAUGUACAGCGAUGCCUUUCUCAAUGACAGCUACCUGAAAUACGUUGGCUGGACGUUGCACGACAGGCAAGGUGAAGUGCGUCUGAAGUGUCUGAAGGCUCUGCAGAACCUGUACACCAACAGAGAGCUAUUCCCCAAGCUGGAGCUCUUCACCAACCGCUUCAAGGACCGUAUCGUGUCCAUGACUCUGGAUAAGGAGUACGAUGUGGCUGUGGAGGCCAUCAGGCUGGUCACACUCAUCUUGCAGGGCAGUGAAGACGCCUUGUCCAAUGAGGACUGUGAGAAUGUGUACCACCUGGUUUACUCCGCCCACCGGCCAGUGGCUGUCGCUGCCGGAGAGUUUCUGCACAGGAAAUUGUUUAGUCGUCAUGACCCGCAGGCAGAAGAGGCUCUGGCUAAGCGCAGAGGGAGGAGCAGUCCCAAUGGAAACCUCAUCCGCAUGCUGGUGCUCUUCUUCCUGGAGAGUGAGCUCCAUGAGCAUGCGGCCUACCUGGUGGACUCGUUGUGGGAAAGCUCUCAGGAGCUGCUGAAGGACUGGGAGUGUAUGACUGAGCUGCUGCUGGAGGAGCCUGUACAGGGAGAGGAAGUGCUGUCAGACAGGCAGGAGAGUGCGCUGAUAGAGCUGACGGUGUGCACCAUACGACAGGCGGCAGAGGCACAUCCGCCUGUUGGCAGAGGCACCGGCAAACGGGUGCUUACAGCCAAGGAGAGGAAGACCCAGAUCGAUGACAAGAACAAACUGACAGAGCACUUCAUCAUGGCUCUGCCCAUGCUGCUGUCCAAGUAUCAGGCGGAUUCCGAAAAGGUAGCCAACCUGCUGCAGAUACCGCAGUACUUUGACCUGGAUGUUUACAGCGCCGGGCGCAUGGAGAAGCACCUGGACGCCUUGCUGAAGCAGAUCCGGCUGGUGGUGGAGAAGCACAUCGAGACAGACGUGCUGGAGGCCUGCAGCAAGACCUACAGCAUCCUCUGCUCCGAGGAGUACACCAUCAUGAACCGCGUGGACAUCGCCCGCUCACAGCUCAUCGACGAGAUGACGGACCGUUUUGCGCACUCAGUUGAAGAGCUGCUGCAAGAGGCUGAGGAGGCUGAUGAUGACGAUAUCUACAAUGUUCUGUCAACACUUAAGAGACUCACUGCUUUUCACAAUGCCCAUGAUCUGACGCGGUGGGAUCUGUUUGGGAACUGCUACCGGCUGCUGAAGGCGGGCAUCGAGCAGGGGUCCAUGCCGGAGCAGAUAGCUGUCCAGGCCCUGCAGUGCUCCCACUACUCCAUCCUCUGGCAGCUGGUCAAGAUCACGGAGGGAGCUCCCAGCAAGGAUGAUUUGGUGGCUCUAAGGAGAGUGGUGAAGUCCUUCCUGGCGGUGUGCCAGCAGUGUCUGUCUAACGUCAACACACCAGUCAAAGAACAGGCGUUCAUGCUGCUCUGCGACCUGCUGAUGAUCUUCAGUCACCAGUUGGUUUCUGGCGGCAGGGAGGGCCUCCAGCCUCUGGUCUUCAACCCGGACAGCACCCUGCAGAACGAGCUGCUCAACUUCGUCCUGGACCACGUCUUCAUCGACCAGGACGAUGAGAGCCAGAGCAUGGAGGGAGACGAGGAAGACGAGGCCAACAAGAUCGAGGCUCUCCACAAGAGGAGAAACCUGCUGGCGGCUUUCAGCAAACUCAUCAUCUACGACAUCGUGGACAUGCCUGCUGCUGCCGACAUCUUCAAACACUACAUGAAGUACUAUAAUGAUUACGGUGACAUCAUCAAGGAGACGCUGAGUAAAACCAGACAGACGGACAAGAUCCUCUGUGCCAAGACACUCAUCCUCAGUCUGCAGCAGCUGUUCAACGAGCUGCUUCAGGAUCAGGGUCCCAACCUGGACCGCACCUCGUCUCACGUCAGCGGCAUCAAGGAGCUGGCCCGGCGCUUCGCCCUCACCUUCGGCCUGGACCAGAUCAAGACCAGGGAGGCGGUGGCCACGCUGCACAAGGAUGGAAUAGAGUUUGCAUUUAAAUACCAGAAUCCGCGAGGGCCCGAGUUCCCUCCCAUCAAUCUCGCCUUUUUGGAGGUCCUCAGUGAAUUCUCUUCCAAACUACUCCGGCAAGACAAAAAGACUGUCCACUCGUACCUGGAGAAGUUCAUGUCAGAGUCCAUGUCGGAGCGUCGGGAGGACGUGUGGCUCCCGCUGAUCUCCUACAGGAACAGCCUACUGACGGGAGGAGAUGAGGACCGCAUGUCUGUCACCUCAGGCUCCAGCAGCAAGACGGGCUCGGUCCGCAGCAAGAAGGGACGGCCGCCGCUGCACAAGAAACGCAUCGAAGAGGAGAGUAGUGUGGAAGGCUCGUGGAUGAUGCGUAAUGACACCCUACAGACACCGGGGGCGCUGCAGACCCCUCAGCUUACAUCCACUGUGCUCAGAGAGAACAGACCGGCAGAACACAUGCCAGACCCAGACUCGGAGCCCGGAUCAGAAAACGACUAUGUACACAAUCCUCAGAUGCAGAUGUCGUGGCUCGGCCAGCAGAAAAUGGAGGAGGUGAACAGGAAGGACCGGACGGGCAUCAACUACAUCAAGUCACGCAGCAACCAGGGCGUCAGACAGACUGUUCGUGGGCUGAUGGAGGAUGACGCAGAGCCCAUCUUUGAGGACGUGAUGAUGUCAUCGCGGGGCCAGCUGGAGGACAUGAACGAGGAGUUUGAGGACACUAUGGUGAUUGACCUGCCACCGUCAAGGAACAGACGUGAGAGAGCGGAGUUGAGACCGGACUUCUUCGAUUCAGCGGCAAUGAUUGAGGACGAAUCAGGAUUCAGCAUGCCCAUGUUCUGAUCUGGGACGAGGUAAAGUUCCUGAGACCAGGAUCCAAAUCAGGAGCAAAGGGAGGGGGGGUUGGGAUGUCUAACCCGAAUCGCCUGCCAAUCAGACUUUUGAGAAGAAAAAACACAAUGUCGAAGUACUUUUUCUCUUUCUAUAAGACAUGAUGGGAGGAUGUUUGCGGAGCGGGUCCAAUGACGGAUCGUGGAUCGGCUGGAUCUCGCCCCGGAGCGUCAAAGCACGGAUCCGCCGUCUUCUUUCAGGCCGGCCGGAGGAUCCAGCCCAGCACUCACAACGUCCUACAGAGUCAACUCACGACUAUCAAAAAGAGAUGGUUGCUCCUCUUCUUCUUCCUCCUCCUCCUCCUCAGUCCGUCGGAUCAGCUCUGUUAGCGGGCGCUGGCGGUGCUCUGGCUAAUCUUGCAGCCGGCUGAUUAGCGCCCGUGUGUCCGGUGUGUCAGGUUUUACGGUCCCCUUUUUUCCCACAGAUGUACAGUUGUUUGGUUCCGCCCCCUGUCGGCAGCACAGAGCAGCGCAGCACUCUGUACAGGCCCCCCCUCUUUUGGUGUCACACUCAGAUCCGUCUGGCUGUGCUCAGCUCAGAGGAUCUCAGUACAAUAUUAAAUGUUAUACUGUAUAUCUUUCCUCUUAUUCCCCCAAACCAACCCCACCUCCUCUCUGUAUGCCAUCGGAGUUCAUGUACGUGGUGCCUGUGGUGUGUAUACUGUGUUGGUCAAGGUGGUUGAUUAGAUGCUUGCACACACACACACACACACACACACUGACUGACUUUAGACUGACGUGGAGGAAGUGAUGUAAUUGUGUUGUGCGUGAAGUCGGUGAAAAGCGAGCGUUGUCAUUUGACGGUUGUUUGACAGGCAGGCAGUGAGCCACACCCCCAACCUCGGACAGAAAAAAGCCCCGUCCUCUCAGUACUGCACACACCACCGAAUCACGGCUUUUUAAAGUAAAACGGUUGAAAAAAAAAAAAAAAAAAAAAGAAAUAAAAAAGAAAUAAACAUAUUUUGAACUCUGUAGCUUUAGUACGAAAAUUUUAAAUCAAGUGUGUUUUUUUGUUUUUGUCUGAUGUUUGUACAGCUCUUUCUUGAAUAUGUAUCUCGUUCGUUGCCAAAUUGUGGCCUACUUAUAUUCCGGUCCCGAUCCCCCUCCUUCCUCUUCCGUAACUCAUAAUCUGAUGAUGAGCAAGCCAAGACUGUUGCUAUGGGUUAUGAGCUUAAUUGUUAGAUGGUUCAGUGUUACAGCAGAUUGUGUGUACGGUUCAGUCGCCCACUGUGGUUCCUUCCUGAGGGAAGCCCGCUCACUUUUACAGGUCAAACUAAGUCUUUUAGGUCGUACACCCACAAAUAGCGUUAACGGAUCCAGAAAACAACCCAGUUGAAGAUUUAUCGUCAGUGUUUCAUAUCCAGUGCAGCGAUGGAUCUGUACUGCUGUCUUGUGGGAUGGAUUUGUCAGCUGGUUCGAAUGUGUCCAGCCGUCGGCCGCAGCCCCGCGUCGGCUGCUCGCCUCCUCCAGCAGUCACUCUCAAGUUUUCCCUUCAGCUGGGGUUGGCAGUCCUGUAAAUAUCAGAGACAAUUGGAUCUAUUCCGCGGUGCAGUUGACAUCACUUGCCCUUAAAUGCUCUAAAAGCCUGUUUUGUUUUGUUUUUUUCUGUGAACUUAAAUUCUUUUUAAUAAAAUAAAAUCUGUAAUCGA